AUGAAUGGAGAUUCGGCUGUCUCAGUCAAUGGCACUGGAACACUUCGAACCCCCAGGGCCCUGAAGACUAUACCUAAGACUGCCCCUCCUGAACCCACGAUGGAAUUUCCUAUAACUUCCCAUGAUGGGGAGAUCCAUCCCCAACAGAGAGGCCCCAUUGCUGGGGUGUAUUUGGAGGCCUCUGCCCAGACCCUGAGCCUCUAUGAAGCCAUACAGCAAGGUCUUCUCCCAUCCAAUCUGGGACUGGCUCUUCUUGAAGCCCAGGCAGCCACUGGAGGCCUCAUUGACCCCACUCAGGGUCAGCUGCUCUCUGUGUCUGAAGCGGUGAGGCGGGGGCUGAUUGGCCUGGAGCUAAAGGAGAAGCUGCUCACAGCUGAGAGAGCCCUCACUGGCUACCCUGACCCGUAUGGGCCAGGGAAACUGCCCCUCUUCCAAGCUCUCCACAAGGAAGUUGUGGCCAGAAAUUCAGGCCUGAGCUGGCUGGAAGCCCAGCUGGCCACAGGUGGCAUAAUGGAUCCUGCAAAAGGAAGUCGUGUCCCACUAGAACUUGCCUACCAGAAAGGCCUCCUGGAUGAGGAGACAGGCCACAGACUGUCUGACCCCACAUCUGAUGGACCCCAGACCUUCUUUGACCCCAACACACAGGAGCCACUUACCUACCAAGAGCUUAGGAGCAGGUGUAUGCUGAGCCCUGGCACAGGACUACUUCUGCUCCCACUGAAGAUCACUUUCCCAGCUCUGGGAGGGAUGGUAAGCAGUGAACAGCUCUUGGAGGCUGGCAUCCUGCCCAGGAAAGUAUUUGAGGACCUGAGGGAAGGAAGACUGCUUGUGUCUGAGGUGAGGGCCCAGGAAGAAGUACAGCGUUACUUGGAGGGAACAGGCAGUGUGGUUGGGGUCCUCUUGCUGUCUACAGGCCAGAAGAAGAGCAUCUACCAAGCCCUGAUAGAGCACCUCCUUCCCCCCGGCACUGCACUUGCCCUUCUUCAGGCACAGGCUGCUACUUGCUCCCUCAUGGAUCCUGCCAGUGAAAAGAAGCUGGGGCUAGAUGAAGCUGUUAAGGUUGGACUUGUGGGACCCGAGUUCCGAGAGAAACUCUUGAUAGCAGAGCGGGCGGUGACUGGAUACCCGGAUCCCUUCAGCAAGAAUCUCAUCCCCCUCUUUCAAGCCAUGAGGAAGGGGCUCGUGCAGAAGGAACUGGCCCUACGGCUUCUAGAGGUCCAGCUAGCCACAGGGGGGAUCAUUGACCCUGCUAGGAAACACCGGCUGCCCCUGGAGACUGCUUUUCAAUGGAACUGCCUAGACAAGGAGACACUCGCCAUUCUCUCCCGAACUACUGGCUUCUUUGAUCCCAACACCCAAGAGAACCUCACCUAUGAGCAACUGCUAGUCCGCUGCGUCACCGAUCCAGCUACUGGCUCCCUCUUCCUGCCCCUCUUUGGGGGAGAUCACAGAGGACAUUUAGAAGGGUGCUGGUUCAUUGACCAUGCCACCCAAGAGGGCCUGAGGAAGGCCACAACAGUUGCUACAUCAGGGAAGUUCAAAGGACAAAAGGUAUCUCUUUGGAAGCUGCUCUUCUCGGAUGCCAUCCCAACAGAGCAGAGAGCCGCCCUAGCCCAUCAGUACAAGGAGGGAGCACUCUCAGCAGAGAUGCUGGCAGACCAGCUCAUUGCCACCCUAGAUCAGGCUGCUGCCACUUCCCGUGUCACCUUCAAAGGCCUAAGGGACCAUGUGACCCCAGCGGAGCUUCUCAAGUCAGAGAUCAUUAAUCAGGACCUGUAUGAGAAGUUGGAACAAGGACAGACAACAGCACAGGAUGUGGGGGGCCUUGAUGCUGUCAGGAAGUAUCUGCAAGGGACGGGGUGCAUCAGUGGCCUGCUCCUGCCCGACUCCCAGGAAAAGAUCAGUAUCUAUGAGGCCAGAAGGAAGGGCUACCUGAGACCAGGGACAUCCCUCAUCCUUCUAGAGGCCCAGGCAGCCACAGGUUUUAUCAUCGACCCAAAGGAGAACAAGAGAUAUUCUGUGGAGGAUGCCCUGCGGGCCAAUGUCAUCGGGCCUGAUGUUUAUGAAAAGCUACUGUCAGCAGAGAAAGCGGUGACAGGUUACGUGGACCCAUACACGGGAGACAGGCUUUCCUUGUUCCAGGCCAUGAACAAAGACCUCAUUGUUAGGAAUCACGGCAUCCGCUUACUCGAGGCCCAGAUUGCCACAGGUGGCAUCAUCGAUCCUGUGCAUAGCCACCGGGUCCCUGUAGAAGUGGCCUACAAGCGUGGCUACUUUGACCGGACAAUGAACCUGAUCUUAUCUGACCCCUCCGAUGACACCAGGGGCUUCUUUGACCCCAACACACACGAGAACCUCACCUACCUGCAGCUGCUGGAAAAGUGCGUGACGGAGCCAGUCACUGGCCUUUCCCUCUUGCCACUCAACAGCCGAAAGCUUCAGGUGGUGAGUGAAGCCACCCGACAGGCUUUCCAGAACUCCCUCCUGAUGGUGAAAUAUGGCAGGUUCAAAGGUCAACAGAUCUCCAUAUGGGAGCUGAUCAAUUCUGAGUACUUCAGUGAGGGCCAGAGGAGGGAGAUUCUGACCCACUACAGGCUGAAGAAGGUAACCUUGGAGCAAAUUGUGCAGAGGCUAAAAGAAGAGAUGAAAAAGUGGGCAGGCAUCACUCUACCAACCCUCCGGGGUUGUGUCACUGCCUAUCAGCUCCUGGAGUCUCACAUCAUUGACCAUGCCCUCCUAGAGAAGGUGCUGGAGGGGAGGGUGAGCCCUGAGGAGCUCUUGAAAAUGGAGUCAGUCCACAAGUAUCUGCAUGGCUCAGGCACCAUUGGGGGAGUCGUCCUGCAGCCUUCUAACCAGAAGCUUAGUUUCUAUGAAGCCAUGAAGCAGAAAUUAUUGGGACCUGGUGUGGCCCUUCCUCUCCUUGAAGCCCAGGCUGCCACUGGUUCCAUCAUUGAUCCUGUGAGCAAUGAGAAGCUAUCUGUGGAUGAUGCUGUGAGAAAGGGAUUGGUGGGGCCAGAGCUCCAUGAGAAGCUCCAUUAUGCUGAGGAAGCAGUGACAGGCUUCAUGGACCCCUUUACAGGCAAGAAGGUUUCCCUCUUCCAAGCAAUGAAGAAGGGUCUAGUCCCUUCUCAGCAGGCCAUGCAGCUCCUAGAAGCUCAGGUAGCUACCGGAGGCAUCAUUGACCCCAACAGCCACCACCAUGUCCCUAUGGAAGUGGCCGCCCAGCGGGGUUAUGUUGAUGAGGAGAUGGAGAAGACACUUUCUGGAGCCUCCCCUGCCGCCAUCCAGACAUUCUCUACGGUGGAUGGGAGUGAGAGCAUCAGCUAUGCCCAGCUUAUAGAGCACUGUCAACAGGAUGAGGCUUCUGGUUGUCAUCUGCUACCCCUGCCCCAAAGAGCUGCCCCAAUCCCCACAGAUGAACAAAUCAAACAGGUCUUCCAGGGCACACUGGUGACAGAGAAGGCUGUUUCCCUCUGGGACCUGCUAUAUUCUGGGCACUUCACUGAGGAUCAGAGGGCAGCCUUCUUUGAAGACUUCCGGCUGGGGCGGAUGACAGUACAAGAAAUUGUAGCUGCUGCUCUGAGGCAGGUAAGAGAGUCAGAGCUGCAAGCUCAGACCCACAUCAUGCUACCAGGCCUACGGGGGGAUGUCCCUGCUGUCUGGAUGCUGGACGCAGGAAUCAUUGACAUGGAGACACUGGAGGGACUGGUUCAAGGGACACAGACACCAAGUGAGGUUGCCCAGAGGCUGGAGGUAAAAAAGUACUUACAAGGAACAGGAUGCAUUGCUGGGGUCCAGGUGGAGGGCUCCAAGGCCAAGAUGAGCAUCUACCAGGCUAUGAAAAGCAACUUGCUUCCCCCUGGCCUGGGGCUGAGGCUGUUGGAGGCCCAGCUGGCUGCAGGUUCACUUGUCAACCCACAGAACAACCAGAAAUUGUCUGUGGAAGAUGCAGUCAAGACUGGCGUGAUCGGGGGAGAGCUGAGUGAGCAGCUCAUUCAAGCAGAGCGAGCAGUGACUGGCUACAGUGAUCCGUACACAGGCAGUACCAUCUCUGUUUGGCAAGCCAUGGGCAAGGGGCUCAUUGACCAGAGUGAAGCCUUCCUCCUUCUGCAAGUACAACUGGCUACAGGGGGCAUUGUAGACCCUAUCCAUCACUUGCAUCUACCCAUGCCAGCCGCCUACAGGCUUGGCUUCCUAGAUGAAGAGACAGCACAAGUUUUAGCCAAGAACACUGGAGAUAAGAAAUUUUUUUUUGACCCUAAUACCCGGGAUGAAGUAACAUACCAAGAGUUAAAGGACAGGUGCAUCUUGGACUCUGAGACAAAUCUAUGGCUGCUCCCACUUUCCCGGAGCGUGGCAUUGGAUGUAGAUGACCACACCAUCAUGGCUCUGAAAGCCAUGACAGUUCCUGUCAAAGUGGGGCGGUUCAAAGGCCAAACUGUGUCACUAUGGGACCUGCUCCACUCUGAGUAUGUUAGUGCUGACAAGCAGAAGGAAUUGGUAGAACUGGGUCGUUCGGGGAGGGCUACAGCCCUACGCCAGGUGGUCACAGAUGUCACCACUCUUAUUGAGGAGACAGAAGAGAGAGCCAGGCAGAUCACAUUCCCUGGCCUCAGGAAGCAGGUGUCGGCCAAUGAUCUGUUCAAAUCCCAUCUGAUUGACAAGAAAACACUGGAUGAUCUGAACCAGGGGAUAAAAACAGUGUACGAAGUGACCAAAAUGGAUGGUGUGAAACAGUUCCUGGAGGGGGUCAACUUCAUAGCUGGGGUCUUCAUUCAGGGCACAAAAGAUAGGCUGAGCAUCUACGAUGCCAUGCGGAGGGGCAUAUUGAGACCCGGCACAGCCCUGGUGCUGCUAGAGGCCCAGGCUGCCACUGGUUUCAUCAUUGACCCUGUAGAGAACAAGAAGAUGUCUGUAGAGCAAGCGUUCUCAGCUGGACUAAUUGGAAGGGAAGUAUAUGAGAAACUUCUGAGUGCCGAGAAAGCCGUCACUGGCUACAUGGACCCCUACACCAACAAACAAAUUUCCCUCUUUGAAGCCAUGAACAAAGGACUCAUCUUGAAGUGUCAUGCCAUCCGCCUCUUAGAGGCCCAGAUUGCUACAGGUGGCAUCAUUGACCCAGUCCAUAGCCACCGUGUCCCUGUGGAGGUGGCCUACCAGCGUGGCUACUUUGAUGAAGAGAUGAACCAGAUCCUGUCUGACCCUUCAGAUGACACCAAGGGCUUCUUUGACCCCAACACCCAUGAGAACCUCACAUAUCUGCAGCUAUUAGAAAGGUGUAUUCAAGAGCCAGACACUGGGCUCUAUAUGUUGCAAAUAGUACAGAAAGGAGAGAGCUAUGUUUUCAUUGAUGAGGCCACAAAACAGCUGCUGCAAUCCAGGACCACCAAAGUGUCCGUUGGAAAGUUUGCCAAUCAAAUUGUUUCCAUCUGGGACCUGCUUUCUUCUCAGUAUUUCACAUGGCAAAGAAAGAGAGACCUGGUCAGACAGUUCAAAUCUAAGACUCUGCACCUAGAGCAACUCUUAGAAAUCAUCAUGAACACCAUUGAAGAAACCGAAAAUCAGAACGAAACCAUUAAGGUGAAAGGACCCCGUGGAGACGUGACGGCUGCGGAGCUCUUCAACUCUGGGAUCAUCGAUGAGAAAAUUCUUGCUGGUCUUCCAAAGGGAAAACAGGCAGCAGAACAACUUAGCCAGAUAGAAUCAGUGAAAAGAUACCUAGACGGGACGGGCUGCAUUGCUGGGGUGCUAAUGCCAUCCACAAAGGAGAAAAUGAGUGUCUAUGAGGCUAUAAAGAGAGAAGUGAUCCCCAGGGCAAUCGGGAUGCAGCUUCUACAAGCUCAGGCUGCCACUGGUUUCAUCAUUAAUCCUCUGCAAAACCAAAGACUGUCUGUGAAUGAAGCUGUGGCUCUAGGUCUGGUAGGUACGGAGGUACAGGAAGACCUGCAAGAUGCAGAGAAAGCUGUCUCUGGCUACCUCGACCCAGACACAGGUGAGCAGAUCCCCCUCUACAAGGCCAUGAAGAAAGGUAUGAUAGAAAAAGAGGAAGCAAUGAGGAUGCUGGAGGCACAGGUGGCCACGGGGGGAGUCAUUGACCUGAGAUAUGGCCACCGUCUCCCUGAAGAGGUGGCCUACCAAAGAGGCUGUUUGGAUUCUGAAACACACAGCUUCCUGUCAAACACAAGGCAUGGGAGUAAAAGAUUCCAGGAUCCUAAUACACAUGAAAAGACGAAUUAUGCAGAAUUAUAUUCAAGGUGCAUAAAAGACGAAGAAACAGGAUUAGCUUUGCUUCCCAUAGUUAAGCAUAAAAAGGAUUACAAGCACAUUGAUGAAGCCACUGAGAAGGCACUCAAAGCAGAAGUGGUGAUGGUAACAAAGGGGAGGUAUAAAGGGAGGAAAAUGUCCGUGUGGGACCUACUUUGUUCUGAAUAUGUCACUGAAGAGAAGAAACAGGAAUUAGUGAGCAAAUACAGACAGGACAUGUCCAAAGCUUUAGAAAGUAUUAUACAAAUUAUAUGGGAAUUAAUUGAAGAAAAGGAAAAGAAAAGAAAGGAGGUAUGGUUCCAAGGACUGAGGAGACAAGUCACAGCAAAUGAACUUUUCAAGGCAGAUAUCAUUAAUAAAGAUACAUUGAUAGAAUUGCAGGAAGGAAGAAAAAAAGUCUCAGAAAUUGCACUAAAAGAAACAGUAAAAAAGUACCUAGAGGGGACAAGCUGUAUCGCAGGCGUCCUGGUACCCUCCAAGGUGGACCCGGCGCAGCAGGAGAAGAUGAGCAUCUACCAGGCCAUGUGGAAGGGCAUCCUGAGGCCCGGCACGGCGCUGGUGCUGCUGGAGGCCCAGGCCGCCACCGGCUUCGUCAUCGACCCGCUGCGCAACCGGAAGCUCUCCGUGGAAGAGGCCGUGGCCGCUGGCGUGGUGGGAGGCGAGAUCCAGGAGAAGCUGCUGUCCGCGGAGAAGGCCGUCACGGGCUACAGGGACCCCUACACGGGGGAGCAGAUCUCCCUCUUCCAGGCCAUGAAGAGGGACCUCAUCGUCAAGGACCACGGCGUGAGGCUGCUGGAGGCCCAGAUCGCCACGGGCGGCAUCAUCGACCCCGUGCACAGCCACCGCGUGCCCGUGGACGUGGCCUUCCAGCGCGGCUACUUUGACGAGGAGAUGAGCCAGGUCCUGUCCGACCCCUCGGACGACACCAAGGGCUUCUUUGACCCCAACACUCACGAGAACCUCACCUACAUGCAGCUUCUUCAGAGAUGUACCUUGGAUCCCAACAGUGGCCUCUUGUUUCUUUCCCUUAAAUAAUAUUAAUUCUCUUUUAUCUUACCUGAUUUUACUUUCAUUUUUUUCCGUGUAAUUUCCCCUAUAUUUUCCUAAUGUUUUUC